CAAUGGCAGUGUGCGGCGGGUUGCUCAGCAACCUGACGUAGGCCCCGGCUGUCAAUUCCUCCUAGCCGGGUAUAGCGGAGCAGCGCAUCACAAAUAUAGCGCGGCUCCUUUAAGGGGCCGAGAACUGUAGCCACGUCUCUGGUUUACUAGGGGAUCAGGUCAAGGAAUACUUAAGGGAUACACACUUUCUAUUGCCUUGUUAUAUUUCCCCCAGAGGUGUAUUGAGUUACCGUGCCCACACGAGCAUGGCUUUCACAGGUCCCGCUUUCUUGGCUGUGUUGCUUAUUUUCAUCACAAACCCGCUGCCGUCAUUCACAUGGGAUACUGAUCUGGAGCUAUUUGACUUGGUGGAAGAGAUUCAGCAGAACUUUUAUGAAUUUCUGGCGGUUGCUCAGGAUGCUUCAUCUGCAGACAUUAGGAAAGCCUACCGCAAGCUGUCUCUGACCUUGCACCCAGACAAGAACAAAGAUGAGAAUGCAGAAACUCAAUUUAGACAACUGGUUGCUAUUUAUGAAGUCCUGAAAGAUGAGGAAAGGAGACAGCGGUACAAUGACAUUCUGGUCAAUGGCCUUCCUGAUUGGCGGCAGCCUGUAUUCUACUACCGGCGAGUGAGAAAGAUGAGCAAUGCUGAGCUGGGGUUGCUCCUCUUUAUUAUACUCACUGUCGGCCAUUAUGCUGUCAUUUGGUCAAUAUAUCUGGAGAAGCAACUGGACGAGCUUCUCAGUCGUAAGAAGAGAGAAAAAAGGAAAAAGACUGGGAACAAAGGAGCAGAUGAUGUAAAAGCUGGCGCUCAAGAAAAAAAUGAGAGGUCUUCUGACAAACCCCAGUGGCAUGACAUUCUGCCAUUCAAACUCGGAAUAUGGCUUUAUUUUUCUGUGAAAUCUCUACCCCAGCUAAUACAGGAUGUCAAACAGUAUUAUGAAGACUACAAAGAACUGAAGAUAAAAGAGAAAGAAGCCGCCCAGGCCCAGGCUGAACAAGAAGCCAUACAAAAAGAAAAGAGGCCUAAAGUGAAGAAAGCGAAAUCUGAGUUUCCAGUCUACACCGCUUAUUCAGGGGACAAUGCCUUUGUACCAUCCUAUGAUCAGGGCUCUACCAUUGAAGAUAUUGAGGAACAGAUUAAUGAUUGGCUAGAAGACAAAAGCCGAUCACAGAAGAAAAAGGCACUUGAAUGGACAGAAGAGGACCUCAGUCAGCUGACAAGAAGUAUGGUUAAGUUCCCAGGGGGGACCCCGGGUCGAUGGGAAAAGAUUGCUCACGAUUUGGGUCGAUCAGUGGCAGAUUUUCAGAUAUGGCAGUCAUUUCCUGAUUCACUGGGCCUUGCUGCUGGCGUGCAGGAUGAAUUGAAUCAUUCGGAUUGUUUACAUCAGGUAACUUCCAAAGUCAAGCAACUCAAAGACUGCGUUGCCAGCACUUCAGGGACAGUUCGGUUCUCUGAACUAAAAUCCACUGCCCAAACCACCAAGGGAUUCAAAGGAGGAGCAGCAGGUUUACCAGACGACAUUAUCACAAAGCGGGAGGAGGAGGAGGAGGAGAUUGAUAACCCUGCUCAGGAUCCAGUGACACGCAGAGAUACUGGAGGAAACCAGACCGAUGUUGCAGGAACAGAGAUCAGACAUCGCAAGAGAAAAGCGGCAAAGGCCCCAGAAAUAACUGUCGUGAUCAAAGAUGACUCUGAGGAAAAGCAAAAAGGGAGGCGGCAGAGGGACUUUGAUAGCAAGGCGCUGGAUGACGACAGCAGUGAGGAAAAAAAAGGGAAAGAUGGAGGCGAACCUGUAGAGGAGGUGUGGACUCAAAACCAGCAGAAACUUCUUGAACUGGCCCUGCAGCAGUAUCCGAAGGGGACUGCAGAGCGAUGGGACAAGAUAGCCAAAUGUGUUCCAGGAAAAUCGAAAGAAGAGUCCAUGAUGCGAUAUAAGCUACUGGCGGAAUUGGUACAAAAGAGGAAACAGGCCACGAGCUGAUCUGAAACAUGCAAUGCCAGGACUCUUGUUUUAAAGUGUCAAGCCUUUUACUUCCCUCUGUUUGUCACAUGCCUUAGUUGAACACCAAUAAACGUGACACAUUUUGCUUUAACAUCUA